UCGCAAGUGUAACACACAGCGCCACGAUGGCGUUUGUUGGGAGACACACCGUGAACGUAGUGGCGGUCUGUGUGGUGUUCGGACUUGACUCUUUGAGUUUCAGUUCUUUGCAAUCACUUCAGAGCAGUUUGAAUGAUUCCAAGGGGUUAGGCCUUGCAAGUCUUAGCUGCUUUUAUGCAGCACUCACCGUCUCAUGUCUCUUGAUAUCACCGGUCAUGCUACAGAAUCUUGGAACCAAGAAGACACUUAUCUUAGGUUCGGUAGCUUACGGGCUAAAUGCUGCCAGCAACUUCUAUCCGAAGUUUUUUAUUCUCAUCCCAUCCGCAAUCCUCUGUGGUCUGGGGACGGGACCUAGUUGGGCGGCCAUAUCCACAAUGCUAAAUACUCUUGCUGUCAAUAAGGCAGGGUUACGCAGCAGCCUCGCCGAAGUUCUCACGAGCCGGUAUAUGGCCUUUCAAAACGCGUCCUGGCAGAUAUCGAACACUGUUGCGACAUUUGUUCUGUCCCAAGUCCUCACAAGGCACGUAUCAGAGGAGGGCCUCCUGGACAGUUCAAAUUUCAGUUCUAGUUGUUGUGGUGCGCGGGACUGUGGUGCAGAGAUACCUGAAGAGACGAUAGGUACACUCCAGCCACCGGAAAUGCUGGUCAAGAUAUUCUUAGGCGUCUUUGCGGCCAGUGGCCUGAUACUCGCUCCCCUAAUCACUCUGUUCUUCAUGGACAACGUCAAACCCUGUUACCUCGAAGUAUCGGCGAAUCUAUCAGCCGAACAGAAACAGUCCAACUGGCUGGCAACACUACACGCCUUGAGAGAGCCACAUCUGCUGAUGCUCAUGCCUUUCGCCGUCUUUAUUGGUGCAUACUAUUCGUUCGUUGUGGGAGAUUUUACAAAGUCGUUUGUCAGCUGCACACAGGGCGUUCAUGACGUUGGUUACAUCAUUGCAGUCUUUGCAGCCAGCGACGCCAUUUUCACCAUCAUCUUUGGAUUGCUAAGGCAGUACGUGAGCAGACUGGUCAUGCUGACGGUUGCAGCAACUCUAAUUGAAGGAGCGUUCGUCUUUUCUGUGGUCUGGGACCCUGAAGAGGGACAGAGAUGGCACUUGUUUGUUUUGGCUGUAGUAUGGUCCGUGGGAGAUGCAGUCAUGCCAAUGCAAAUUCGAGUGUUUGUAGGUGCCUUAUUCCCGGCUAACUACGGUCCUGCCUUCUCUGCCGUGUACCUCUUCAUCUGCAUGGGUUAUUGCCUGUCGUUUGCUGUUAGUAUCCUUUCGUUCGUGUGUGUGUCUUACAAGAUCUACGGUUUGAUGAGUCUCUUGGGUGUGUCCAUGCUGUUGUAUUACGCGGUGGAAUAUCACACCAGGAAAGGAAGUGGGGAAUUGCGAGAAAAGAGUGGAGUAAGUGGAACAGACAACGAUCGCUCAGAUGGAGACCCAUUGGCUGAUGUCAAAACUGAACUUUAAUCAAACCAAGCAAAAUUGGAGUAAAGAUGUCUAUAAUCACGUCCAGAAUUUUACCAGUUUUUUUCAAUAGCCCAGUGUACUGAUGACGUAUCACUGCGCUCACUGCAAUGCAGGGUCGCCGUACGGCAAGAGUUGGAGAAAUAAUAGUCGUGCACGAACAAGUUACAUUUGAUCACGAGAAAGCGAAAGCCGCAAUCUUAUUUACCAUUUGUGCAGUAAGAAAAUUUAAAAUGAUGAUUGCACAAAACAACUGAGGUAAUCGUACUCGUAUGCUUAUGAUACACCGAUGACCCUCUAUCCCACCAUUGCACUGCGCGGUAUGCGCAAACACAGUUACGUGUCGUCUGUACGAUGUAUCAGUGACGUUUUCCAAAAACGGUCCUGGCAGUCUGUGAAGCCAGUAAUCACACAGCUGCUGGGGGGGCAUGCUAAAGGUUUGUCUAAGGUUGGUUGACUCCCUUGAAGUUGGUUAUUUGAAGCUAAGGAUACAAUUUAAGAAUCCUAAAGCCGCAUGGGAUGCCACGGAGGACAUUACAGGUUACGCUAAGCGGAACAAGUUAGACAUGCAAGCUGAUGAUUUAAAGCAAUUUUUAGACGAUCUGAACCAGUGCUAUGGGCGAUUUGAUCAAGACAUCUUACAUCACAUUCUUGCCCAUGAUCAAUUGCGUACAAACUUGAUGUCUCGGUUAAAUGAUCACAGCAAGCUGCAAAUCUCAAUUUCAAAAUAUGCCGCUGACACUGCUAUUACUGGACUGAUUACUAACAAUUGUGAUAUUGACAGUGUUGUAGUCGAGUACUUUCCGAGUACCAACUGGGU